CCUUGCCUCGCAUGUAAGCAUCAUGCUUCGAUGCAGAUGGGUCAGAUGUGGAAGGUAUGGAAGGCGGGCACUUUCCGCUCCAACGAGUCCAGCCAUCUGAUCGGAGUGGGGCUGCCACGCGACCCAUGCACGCGUUGCUCCCGCCCGAUAAGCGCGAUAACGAGUGACACCUUGAUGGACAACUGGAGCUUCCCCGGACUACAACACCAGCUUGCUCUCGAGCUUAGUUAGAUCAAGAGCUUCACGAUAGUUCUAGAAGCGUUUUCUCCGUCUUCAUCAUGGGCGCUAACCAGUCACGACCGUCCGAUGCUGCUGUUAACGAGAAGCUGAUGGAGCGACUCCAGGCCCUCCACAUGAAAGAUGAACGACCCAUGAAUGAGAAGGAUGGAUUUGUAGUUGUUGGUGGGGAAUCCCCACCCAAAUACACUCCUGGCGUCAAGUACCAACAGGAUGUCUCCGCCGCAUCAGUGUCUGAAUGGGAGAAGGAGCUCAUGGAAGACCCAAAGAACCGUCUUGCCCUUGCAGCCCUCAGCUCCAACUCUGCCAACGCCGUGCUUUCGUCUCGAUCAGCUGUCAUAGCAGACACCCAGAAGUUCAACAUCAAGAUCCCUCUUGAGGGUUCGCCCGUCACAAACCAAGCCUCGUCCGGAAGAUGCUGGCUCUUCGCGUCUACCAACGUCUUCCGUGUCGCCAUCAUGAAGAAGUACAAGCUGUCCGAGUUCCAGCUCUCCCAGUCGUACCUCUUCUACUGGGACAAGAUCGAGAAGGCGAACUACUUCCUCGAAAGCAUUCUGGAUACAAAGGAUGAGGAGAUUGACAGUCGCAUCAUACAGGCACUGAUGGCUAGCCCCGUCGGUGAUGGUGGACAAUGGGAUAUGGUGGCCAACCUCGUACAAAAGUAUGGUCUUGUGCCACAUUCGCUGUACCCAGAUUCCUACAACGCAACCAGCUCAUCGACUAUGGACCGUCUGAUUACCACCAAGCUACGCGAAGAUGCAGUUCGUCUACGUUCUAUUGCCCGCAGCAACGCUACACCAGAUGCCAUCAAGGCGACCAUCGCCGGAGAGAAGGAAAAGAUGCUUCGUGAGAUCCACUUGAUUCUGACACUGAUGCUUGGCCCACCACCAUGCUCCACCAAGCCCUUCACUUGGGAGUACUACGACAAGGACGGCAAAUUCUGCACUGUCCGCACGCGACCUACUGCUUUUGCAAACGAACUCUCCGACAACAAGACCGUACGAGCACUGUCCGGAACUGACGUCCAUUCACUCUUCUCGCUUGUGAACGAUCCUCGUAACCCCUACAACCGUCUGCUUAGCGUGAAGCGACUGGGCAACGUCUGGAACGGCCGACCAGUGACCUACGUAAAUGUCGACAUGAAGACAAUCAAAGAUGCCUGCAUCACUAUGCUGAAGCGUGGCAUGCCUGUGUUCUUCGGCUCAGACGUGGGCAAGUAUUCCGAUUCUACCAAGGGCAUCAUGGACACGGAUCUCUUCGAGUAUGAGCUGGGCUUUAAUAUUAAGCUUGGCAUGUCCAAGGCGGAGCGCCUGCAAACUGGUGAGAGCCAGAUGACACAUGCUAUGGUCCUGACGGCUGUGCAUGUCGUUGAUGGCAAGCCUGUGCGCUGGAGGGUAGAGAAUUCGUGGAGCGAGCGUGCGGGUGACAAGGGCUACUUUGUCAUGAGUGAUGCUUGGAUGGAUGAGUUCGUGUACCAGGCGGUCGUUGAUCCUAGCGUUGUCAGUUCGUCGGUCAAGAAGGUACUGGAGCAGAAGCCGAGGAUGCUAGAGCUGUGGGACCCAAUGGGUGCGUUGGCUUGAGCGAUGAGUUUACGAAGCGAUCCUUUUUAGUUACUGAUGAAUUAUCCACGUCCAUGAAUUUUGUAGAAUCGGUUCGUGAUGCAUGAUUACUUUAGAUAUUAUGGUCUACUUGACUUUUGGAUUUAAUACGCCACCCAGACUAUAUUCGAGAUUAUCUUCACUA